AUGGUUUCAAAUUUCUAUCUGCUCUUUAUGAUCGCAUCAUUUCUUCUUGUAACAAAUGCUCGUGAACCGAUUUCUGUUGAUGAUUUUAAUUUACUCGCACGAGAUCUUAAUACAAAUAAUGAGGACGAACGUAUUGCUUUCGUUUCUCCAUCGAUUCGUUCAUAUGAAACUAAUGGUCAACCUCCAUCUGAUCGGCAAUCAUUUGGUCGAAAACAUCAUUGGGAUACAUACUUUGGUCGACGUCGAUAA